UCCUGGAUGAAAACAAUCAGAACAUCACAAUCUGUGUACCUGAAUUUAGCCAAGGCCUGCACAGAGAUGAAAACCUGGUUACUGGCCUGGGUACUACCAUUUUGUUUGGCUGCAUUUUAUAUUCUUGUUUGACCUCAACAACACGUGCAAGCUCAGAGGCACUGAGGGGAAUAUAUGCAGCACCUGAAACUGAAGUAGCUCGUUGCUGCUUUUGCUGCAUGCCUGACGGAGACGCUGAUGCUGAAGAUCAUGUUGAAAAAAGGGGAGGCCAGACCGUGAUUUACGAUGAGAAGAAAGGCACAGUGUACAGUUAUGCCUACUUCCACUUUGUUUUCUUCUUGGCUUCACUCUACGUGAUGAUGACAGUAACUCAUUGGUUCCAUUAUGAAAGUGCUCAGAUUGAAAAGUUCUUCACUGGAACCUGGUCCAUCUUCUGGAUUAAGAUGGCCUCCUGUUGGUUUUGUGUCUGUCUGUACUUAUGGACUCUUAUUGCUCCACUCUGUUGCCCAACCAGAGAUUUCUCUGUGUGAACGCUCAGAAGGCCCUUCUGUG